GUCGAGUUGACAAGACAUGGAGGAGGUAGCACCAAGCUCACCUGGGGCACCAUUGAUAGAGGGGUGAAAGUUGGGUGUUUAGACCAGAUGGAGCAACGUCAGGUACGCCUGCAAAGGCAAAAGAGAAAGGAAAGAGAUGCGACUGCUUCUGGGACCCCGGGGGUGACAAGGAUUGUUACAGACGUAUUGGCACAGCUAGGGUAUGCGACAGAGCCGGUGGUGCAAAGGAGGGURGUGACGGCUGUCAAAGUGAAAGGAAAGGAGCCGGUGAUAGAGGAGGUUGUUCAGGAGGAGCUCUGGGAAGGGGAAGAGCCGGUGUCGCAGCAUCUGACGAAGGUCCAGCGCAAAGUGCGUAAUUUGGCGCAGGGCGGACAGGGAUCAGGAAAAGCGCAGGCGCCUCAGGCCCAGGCAGCAGCCCCUUUAAAUGUGGCGGCUCCAUCAUCUAGUACGGGCCCCUCACAAGGAAGAGCGCCCUCCUACGGACAGUGGCCCUGGCCGGUGAUCAAUGCAAUUGUGCCAUGGGAAAGCCCGCCGCCAGUAGCCGGACCGCAAACAACGCCUGGGCGACCCGGAGUAAAUGUGGUGGGGUCGUGCCCACAAUCGGGAAUGAUGGGGAGACCCCUCACUCCGCAGGCCCGGCUGACACAGGCAGCGCGAACGAGGAAUCAAGCCAAGGCCAGUGCCUGCCAAGAGCCUCCGAGGAGGGAACCCGAACCAGGGAGAAGGAAAAAGGUUGUGGAAGUAGAGGACGACGAUGAUGAAGAGGAAGAGGACGAGAAGCUGCGCAAAGAGGAGGAUCAAAGAGCGGAGCAGCGGGCAAGGAAAAAGAGAACCAGGGGAGAGGUCGAGCCGGUCRUGCGCGACGGACCGCCCAAAAAGAAGAAAUACGCGGUUCGGUUGGAAGAGGGAUUUGACGUAGAAAAAGUGAUCGACCGGCUGCUAGAAGGGCACAAUGACCUCAUGACCCUGAAGGAAAUCCUAGCGUCGGCCCCGCGGCUCCGCGAUGAACUAAAGGGGAGGUUGUCGCUGCGCCUGGUGCCUAAUGUCCAUCUGGGUACGAUCCUGCCCAAGGAGGCUGAGUGGGCGGAGUCAGGCUCGUUGAACCCGGCAGGGAAUGUGGACGAAGUGCCCGAGAGUCAGGACGACGAGUUCGAGGAGGGGGAGAUUAAGGAGGUCUUUCGUGCAGAGGAGUACAGCGGGAUCUACCUAGAGCUGGGGCUUCUUUUGUCAUGUGAAAUACGGCUAAAGGAUGCAAGCGAUAGGGCUGAGAGGAUGCUGCAGCGCUACUUAGUACGAGACGGCCACCUUUUCGUGAGAAGAGAAAUGGGGAAUCCCAGGAGAGUCGUCUGCGGUAGGAAUCAUCAGAUCGACGUCGUAGCAGCGCUUCACGAUGGCAUUGCAGGAGGGCAUCAAGGGGUACAAGCCACGUAUGCCAAGAUAAGUGAGCUAUACUACUGGGAUGGGAUGAUGGAUAUGGUUGGGAAGUUCUGCCGAUCUUGCGUACCCUGCCAAGAGAGAUCCUGUUUAAGGCAAGGAGAGCCGUUGCAUCCAAGGCUAGAGCGAGAGGUGGGGGCUGUAGUGCAUCUCGAUCUACUUUUUAUGCCGCUUGGGGAUCAAGGCUAUAAUUAUAUUUUCGAUGCGCGCGAUAACCUGUCUGGUUUCGUAGACGGGCGUGCUAUUCGCACAAAGACCGGGUCAGUCCUAGUGAGAUGCCUCGAGGAGUAUUUCCUACGCUAUCCUUUCGUCAGGGAAUUUGUAAUGGACAGGGGAUUGGAGUUUACCUGUCAGGAGGUGCAAGAAUUGUUAUCAAGGUAUGAUGUAGCAGCCAACUACACCACGGCCGCGCACCCCCAGGCAAAUGCUCCCGUGGAGAGAGGACAUAGUACCAUUACGAGUCUCCUGGCUAAGUGGACCGAAGGUCUGACUUUACGAAGACAGCCAUGCCUGUUGUCUCCUCAGAGGCCGUUGGGCGCAUCAGGAGGAUAUGAGCGGCAUGGGCCUCGCCAUCGGGAGAGUACUCUGGUCUACAAUGAUGGGAACAUCGAGCUAUUCCUGGACAGUUUUUGGGAGCAUGCGAGGCAUAUGGGCUGGUCCGUGGCCCAGGCAAUUGAGAGAUUGAGGGGAGCAGGCAGGUUCGAGGAGCCCAUUGUCAGGAUUCGUAGGCAGGCGACGACGAGGCAGGAGAUGGAGAUGAGGAUGGAGGAGUUGCGACCCUCGCUUGUGGGACCUGAUGGCAGGCCGAUCCGCCUGGAGAUUGGAAAUGCGUCGGACUUCUUCCCCACGUUUGAGUGGUUCAUGCAAGGGCAGGGCAUACCGAGAGAUGAUUGGAUGCAGAUACUACCACUUUGGACCAGGAAGGCGGAAAGGCCACUGGUUAGCCAAAUCAGAGACAUGGCCCGGGAUUGGGGAAGCUGCAGGGCACAUCUGAGAGAGACCUUUGGACGACCAGAGACCCCCCAACCCAGAGUCGAGAGGCGUCAGAGGAGUCAGAGGCCGAGGGACCCUCAGCCCAGGGAGGCGAGACCGUCUCGAGGAGGACGGAAGGCCCUAGCCAGGAGAGAGGAGGAGUCAGAGCCGGAGCCAGAGGCUGAGGGGCGAGGGGUGUACCCUGAGUGUGGAUUGGGACCGGUGGAGUUCCAUCGUUUUACUGAGGGUGGAUUGAGGAGAUCGCCAGCACGCACGCAGGAGGAGCCGCCAGCAUCUGAGGGGCCCUUGAGGGAAUUGGAGACGCAUUUAGAUAUUUCUCGGUGGAGGGCGUUGCCUCAGGGUGAGGAGCAUGGAGAGCAGGCAGAGGAGGUGCCACGAGAGGAGGUGCCACAGGAGGAGGUGCCACAGGAGGAGGUGCCACGGGAGGAGGUCCAGGGUACUCAGCGAGAUAGAGGGCUGGGCGAUGAGGGGAGACGUACAGGGAAGGAAGUAAUAGAGGUUGGAGAGGACACGCCCCCUCAAACGCCGGCGAUGGGCUUGAGACUCGGGGAUGCACCAGGAAGCACUCGCCAGGCGGAGGAGAGGUUGCAGAGAGAGGAGGCCCCAUUACCGUCAUCAGAAAAGGCUCCUUCGCCAGAAGAUAGGGCAGAAAGGAGGAGAGAGAAGGCAGCUGUAAGGAGAGAAGCCUUGAUCCUGAUUGAUAGGCACCUAGCAGCUCAUGCCCUGGAGCACCCAGACCUGGAAGAGCCAGCACCUGCAGAGCCGCGCCAGAAGCCAUGCCGACCCGAGAAGGAGAUGGAAGCAGAGAUCCCAAAGAGGGUCGACCUCCGAACGAGGGAAAGGGCACCAGCUGGAGAGACAACAGAGGAAAAGAGGGCGAGAAGGACCAGGAGGAUAAACGAGAUAUGGCGAGAGAGGCAGAGGUUGGAGGCAGCAGGGGAACUUCCGGAGCAGCAGCAGGAAAGGCAGAGAUUGGAGGCAGCAGGAGCACUCCCAAGCCAACCACCCAGCGCGCCAGCUGGGGCCCCGGAGAUCCCUGAGAUGUGGAGGGACUUCUGGGAGCAGAGAGGAGAGGAGCUUCCAUCGCYAGUCAGAGCCGGGUUUGGGGUAGCCAGAAAGGCGGAAGAGAGGUUAGAUCGUAAAAUCAAGUUCCUGGCCAAGACCACUUUUGACCGGCACUUGUUAUUGGAAGGCGAUCUGGCAGGGAAGAAGAUGAAGGAAGCAAGCCAUGGAGUACGCCUGGAGGCUAUGGAGAUGGAAAUUCAGAAACUCAGGGUAUUGGUGGUCAGCCAGGCCGCUAUCAUCGAGAGCCUGACGCAGCAAGCCCAGGGAAAGGUGGACAGGCCAGAGAGCAGCAGGCAGGGAGAGCAAAGGCAGCCAGGACAGGGAUUGCCAGGACAGCCACCUGCAGCAGAGCCUCGCCAGGAGCCACCUAUGGGGAGGGUUAUCCUGGAGCCAGAGGAGGCGAGAGCCCAGAGACAGGCGGAGAGAGAGGCAUUCGAGUUUAUAGCCCCUACCGAGCUCGCGACACUGCCAGUAGCAGCGGCGGGCCCAGUCGUACCUUUGGUAGUUGAGGAGGGGCGGCCACCAUCUAGCAGUGAGCCGUCUCAGGGCUCAGCAGAGGCAUCCAUGGGCGUGCUCCUUGAGGCAGUGCAUACCAUGCAUGAGGAGGCGAGUUUGUUUUCACCCGAGCAGAGGAUAGAGGAGCCUCUUGAGAGAGAGAUGGGGAUUGAGGCGGAGGGUGCCAUCGAGGAGGGGCUCCAGAGGUUGGGCACGCCUGAGUAUGGGCCAGAGGAGAUUGAGGAGCAGCCCAUGGCAGUGCCAGGAGAGACACUCGAGAGGAGAGCGACAGGGGAUUUGAGAAGCAGACUGGGAUCUUGGGCUACUGGAUCUAGGUCUGGGGGACCGGUUCCUGGAAUGGAGCAGCAGGAGGUCGUUAGUACCGCAGCUCCUGGGACAGAGCAGCAGGGGGUUGUCAGUUCCUUGAUAGGAUCCCCUUCAUCACCACCUCCUCAGCCCAAGAAGAAGAAGUUCAAGAGGAAGGUCGAUCAACUAUGUUUUUACUGCAAGAGGGACGUGCAUCAUGCUCUGGAUUGUCUCGAGUUCCUUGAGGAUAAGGCAACAGGGAAGGUCUCAGAGGUAGGGGGUAAGAUGUAUGAUAGACAGGGUAGGAUAGUAGAAAAGUUUACAGAUGGACUUAGGGCUCAGUUAUAGGCAAAACCAGGAAGAGUUGAGGAGGUAGGGCCGGUUUUGUCUAUCUAAGUGGGCAGGUAUCUUGUGAGGCAUCAGCUU